AUGGUAAAUGCUCAGCAAUAUAUAGAAAAUAAUUUUCCUAAGCGUGUUAGUGAAAUAAUUGCUAUUAAUAAAAAUUUAGAAGGACAUUUAGAUUUGUCAGAAUAUCCUAACUUAACUAGAGUAGAUAUUGGUAUUAACUCACGAUUGAUCAGUUUAAAAUUACCUCUUUUGUCUGAAAUUACUCAAGUGAGUAUUUGCGACACUGGCAUUACUGAUUUUUCUUUUUUAAUCAAUCUUCCUAACAUAAGAUUUUUCUGCUUCCCUAAACCUGCUGUCUCGGAUGGAAAUAAUGCUGAAGUUGCUAGGGCAAUUCGAAAUAUUUCUCAAGCAAGCCGAAAUAAAAAUGGUGAAAAAGACUAA